AUGCGAGGUCUUCUUCGCCUUCACGCGGACUACAUCUUUGCAGAGCCCCCUGUGAAAUUAUGGGAGCUUCCGCACAAUGAUCAUUAUGAGACGUCGUCUCGCAGCAACAAUUCUAUCGAAAAACUGGAUCUGCAACCGCGGAGUAGCUCCCUGUUCCCAAGGCUUCUUAAGAAUUCAACGUCAUUCACGAAACUUGCGGAUCUUGAGUUGAUUAAUCCCUAUUGUGUAGGAUCGACAGUUACUCAUAACGAGCCCAAUGAACAUCUUCCCAAGCUCAUUGGGCAUUUUCAAGAAGUUCAAUGCGGCCCUAGAGCUACCGCCCGGAUUCAAGGUUAUGCUCUAGAGGAAAGAAAUCUACGAGGAAACGAAUUCUUAGGUAUCGGUCGACAGCCUUGCACUCAGGAGUUGGAAACCCCUACUUUUGCCAGAAAGCCGCACCCGUCGACGCACAUGGGAUCUUCAAGAGCAGACAAGAUCCUGGGUUUUAGCGGUUUGAAGUCUCCAGGAUAUCUUCAUCACUCAACACAUCGAGCUGCCGUCUCGUCCGCGGUGAUCUUAGAGAAUGUCUUCGCGAUUAUAAGAUUUGGGCCUAGUACGGCAUGGAGCAAGGCGGGCUCGUCGAUACCGGUUCCAUUAAGACUAAACCAGAUCCAUAGCAGCCAUUUACAGACAGUGACCCACCUGGGUCUUCGGCCAGGGAAUAAGCCAUUGGAGCGAGAGAAGGGAGCCGGUGAAGCGCCAAACGGCGAGGAAGGCAGAGGUGAAGUCGAUAUUAUCGGGCAUUAUGUUGAAUGCAACCUGCGCGAGAUGUACUGGAGCGGCACGGCCAAGCGAUAUGCCAUGAAUCUGUGCAACGAAUUAUGCGGCCCAGGUGAAGGUAAACUUGACGUUGAGGCACGACCAAAAGUUCUAGGUAUGCACUUGUCAGUCGUGUUCGAGAAUGGAGGCAAAUCCAUCAAGCACUCAUCCACAGGUAUAGAGCACGAAGAGAACUUCGUAAAUGCUAAUAAUGGAGCUGCGCAAGGCCAGAACAUAUACGUAAUAGGAUAUAAAAAUGGAAGAAAUCAUAGAGCAAUAUCGGCUUGUGCUUAUGGUGGUCUGGAAAGGUGUCCACAAAAGAUAGCUGAGGAAGCGAUGAAAGUCUUGCUCUCUGAGCGGACGGCGAUCAUGUCUCCACUAAUGUCCACGAUUAGAUUCAGUGGAAUCACCAUGAACAUUAGGGCCUCAUUCCUGCGCCGCAACCUUUACAGGCGGAGCGGGGGUUUCCUGUCAGUACGAUGCAAAUGCGGGUCUAAGCGGUCACUGAAGCGCGCAUAUACGAGGAGCUUAGGAGCACGACAUAUGCUAGCUAACCCCCCUAAUAUGAUGAGAGCAUAUAUUUCACCCAAGGCUCAGAAAAUUCCCGCAACACGGACGAGCCUAAUGCAUCACCAACACAGGGUGUUUCAAGUUAUUCCCUGCCUCACGCCUCAGAAAUCUCCAUCCCAACCCCAGUCCCCUAAUCGUAAUCCUGCUCCGUACUCACUCGACUUCUUUCUCCUCUCUGUCCCUGCCCUAAACAUAUGCGGCACGGUAUUUCCUGGCUCCAAGCUCCACAGGACCCCUUCCCACGGUAACACCACAAACCACCUCUCCAGUCCAUUUGGCACCAACGUCGAAUUCAGCCUCUCCGUUAAAGCCUGUCCAUCCGUUGAAGUAACCUUCAAAGCAGUCCAUAAUAUCACAUCAGCGAACCGCCUUCGUUACGCUACCUGUCCCUCCUCUACAUUCCAAACUAAUCUAUAUUCUGUCUCAAACUCUUCCUCUCCUCCUCCUGCUGUUAUCCGGCAUAUGAUGGUAGAAGACUUGAUCGGGUCUCUAGUCUUCUCGGCUUGUGUUCUCGCAGUGGAUCAAUUUAUCUCGCAUCACUGCUCGCAUGAAAUGUUUUUUGAAAGAAAGUAUUGGGAAUGCGGCUGA